ACACAAAACUGACUCAUGUUCAUCUAAAAUUGCUCAAGACACACACACAACACGAUGGAAAUGACGACAGAAGAAAAUGGCUUAAAGAAAGGGCCGUGGACACCUGAAGAAGACCGGAUGCUCGUUGACUGCAUUCAGAAACACGGCCAUGGCAGCUGGAAAGAGCUGCCAAAGCUUGCGGGGCUCAAUAGGUGCGGGAAGAGCUGCCGCCUGCGUUGGACAAAUUAUCUCCGCCCCGAUAUCAAGAGAGGAGCCUUUACUGACGAGGAAGAAAGGGUCAUUAUCGAUCUUCAUGCAGAGCUAGGCAACAAGUGGUCGGUCAUAGCUAGUUACCUGCCAGGGAGAACCGAUAACGAGAUCAAGAACUUCUGGAAUACUCGUCUGAAGAAAAAGCUGCUUCGGAAUGGGAUAGACCCCGAUACUCAUAUGCCAAGAACUCAUCUUGAUACCUUGUUACCUGUAUUACCUCAGCUUCUCAGCUAUAAUAGUUCAAGAAAUCUUACCUGGGAAGGUAUUGUGAGAUCUCAAGAGGAUGCUGCUCGUCUCGCAAAAGUUCUACUGGUAGGUAACAUUUUACAGUUGUUGAACACUGGUACUACUUCAGUUUUGCCUCCUGUCGCGAUGGAAACUUUUAGUCCUAGCCUGGGAUCAGCUCAAGUCACAAACAGACCUCCAUGGGAUUCCCAUAUGAUGGGAUUGCAGUUGGAAAGAUUCACUCAGAAACCUGAGUUUGACGCUCUGACAUGCCAACCGAGCUUCAAAGAUGCACUUCGACCUGUCUUCCAGAACACAAUGGAAACCAACAAUGUGAUGGAUAUAAAUAGCAACAAAUUUGGGGAAUCAUCUAACAUGUACACAGAUUAUGAAGUACCUGAUCUCAUCUCAGCAUCUCCGGUGUGUUUAAGCACAGAUCAAGAACCUGACAAUUUCAUCAGCCUGGCUGAAUUUUCCAACCCUCCAACUACUUCUGAAGCCUUAGAAGAUAUUCUAAUGGAUGAUGAAGCAAGCAACUACUACUGGAAACAAGUCCUUGAUCAAGCCAGACUGUCGCCAUGAUCAAUCUCGUAUCUGGACAGAGGCUGCUAACAGAUGGUGUCAAGAGAUAAAUCACAUCUCAAGGAAUAUACUUUAACAUUUAGCAUUGAGAAAAUUUCCAGAUUUCAUGUACUACUAAUUUCUUUGCGGUGGUAUAUAGACUCCCCAGCCUGUAUGAUCAUCAGCAGUGUGAUUCAUGUUGUCCACAAGUUUUUCCCCCAUUUUUUCCAUGUAUAAGUGCGAAAUAAGUUCUACUUUCUUAUCAUGUAAUAAUCCAUUUCCAAACUCACAGUAGGACACAUGACUGCCACAGAGCCUAUGUAAACAGAAAUUAUUCAGGCUGGUUUAUGUUGUACGAUAAUCAGUCUCUCCCUGAUUUUGAA